AUGCUACUGGAAUCAACUUUGGUUUUUGACCAGCGGCAAGAAUUACUGAGCAAGAUGAGUGAUGUACGUACUACUACAACGGCAAUUGUCGUUUCUCCCGUUUGAAAGUGAAAGUACUGACUCGGCUUUUAGCAAAAAAUCGAAAUCUUGAAGUUUGCUGACGAAGACGGCCAGUUCAAGAGAAGGGCUUCUAGUUUCAGGGACUUUAUCAGCACCAAGCCGGGGGCAAGAUUCCCUCCUGAGGCCGGCCGAUACCACUUGUAUGUCUCGUACGCGUGUCCAUGGGCCCACCGCACUCUAAUCACACGUCGUCUCAAGGGGUUGACUGCAAUCAUUGGGUUGUCCAUUGUCCAUUGGCACAUGGACGACAAAGGAUGGAGAUUCCCCACUGAGCAAGAAUUGAGCUCGUUAAAGUCAAAGGACGACUCGUCGUACGGCACCCCCGACCGUCUCUACGGAUUGGCUCGUCUUCGCGAAUUGUACUUCAAAGCAGACCCAAACUACAGUGGCAGGUUCACUGUUCCCGUGUUGUGGGAUAAGAAGGAGCAAACCAUUGUCAAUAACGAGUCGGCUGAAAUCAUAAGAAUGUUGAAUUUUGACUUCAACAGCAUCUUGCCCAGCGAGUACGCCGAGGUCAACUUGGUUCCCAAAAACUUGGAAAAACAAGUUGACGAGAUCAACAGUUGGGUCUAUGACAAUAUCAACAAUGGUGUCUACAAGGCGGGAUUUGCCUCCAAGCAAGAAGUUUACGACAGAGAAUGUAAAAAUGUCUUUAAAAACUUGGACAAAGUUGAGGAAUUGUUAAAGACAAACCACGCCAGCGAUAGAAAGAAUGAGUUUUUGUUGGGCAGCACCUUGACGGAAGCGGACAUCAGGUUAUUCACCACCAUUAUCAGGUUCGACCCAGUCUAUGUUCAGCAUUUCAAAUGCAACAUUGGCAUGAUUAGAACCCACUAUCCGUAUAUCCACAAUUGGGUUAGAUUGUUGUACUGGAAGAUCCCCGGAUUUCAAGAAACGACAGAUUUCGACCAUAUCAAGAAGCAUUACACUAAAUCCCACGUCAAGAUCAACCCUUAUGGCAUUACACCAUUGGGACCCGUGCCUAAUAUCUUGCCAUUGGAUGGAUGA